GCUACGUACUACUCAUCAUCGCAGCAGUGAAGCUAACUCCUCCCGAGAAGCGGCCGUUUGAAACGGUUUGAAACGGUUUAAAACGGUUUGAAGACGCAUGAGGGCGCGGAGCGGUGGGUCACAGAGCGGUCGCCCGUGAAACACGGAAGCGUGUUUUGUUUUUGUUUGAUUUUUUUAACCGCGGUUCGUUCAUGCGACGAGCCGGUCUGCGUGUCGCUGUGACGGGGGUUGCGUUUGUCGGAGUAUGGCCACCGAGAACAGGAUCCAUUUUUGGAGGAGAAACGCGAAGGUUCCCGGAAGCGUACAGCCCGUUUACGGAGCACAGCAUCCACCUCUCGACCCUCGAUUGCGGCGCACGUAUCCAAAAGACACCAAGCCCAAGUUCAACAACCUCAAGUCAAAAAAGGCCUCGAGUUUCCACGAGUUUGCUCGCAGCACCAAUGAUGCUUGGGACAUCGACGACGAGGAAGAUGAGGAUUUCCUCGGGAUUCCUGCCCCAACGACGUCCCUGCCAUCAUCAGGCGUGCACUCUACGCCCGUACAGAUGCAGGAGCAGAAUGAGGCAGGAGACGCUGACAGCAGGACGUCACACGGACCUGGCUCAGAAGCUCAAAACCUCCAGGACGUUCAUGAGGACGAGGAGGCAGACUGUGAGCCUGUCAAUGGGAAGGUCGUCAAGUCUAAUAGUGAGGCCCACCUCGGCUCGUCCUCGGUCCGUUCCACACUGCAGAAGCAGCAGUCUCUCCCAGUUCGUCCCAUCAUCCCACUGGUGGCUCGCAUCUCGGACCAGAACGCAUCCGGUGCCCCGCCCAUGACCGUGCGGGAGAAGAGUCGCCUGGACAAAUUCAAGCAGCUGCUUGCCAGUCCUAACACCGAUCUGGAGGAACUCCGAAAGCACAGCUGGUCGGGUAUUCCCAAAGAAGUGCGGCCAAUCACAUGGAGACUUCUCUCCGGAUACCUGCCAGCCAACAAGGAGCGCAGAGAACUGGUGCUAAAAAGGAAGCGAGAAGAAUAUUUUGGAUUCAUAGAGCAGUAUUACCACUCAAGGACAGACGAGCACUACAAAGACACAUACAGACAGAUCCACAUCGACAUUCCAAGAACAAACCCUCUGAUUCCAUUGUUCCAGCAGCCGGCAGUCCAAGAGGUGUUUGAGCGAAUCCUCUUUAUCUGGGCCAUCCGUCACCCGGCCAGCGGCUACGUCCAGGGAAUCAACGAUCUGGUCACUCCUUUCUUUGUCGUCUUCCUGUCCGAGUUUGUCAUGGAGGACGUGGAGAACUUUGAGAUGGCGGCGCUGCCUCUUGAGACCCAGAGAAACAUCGAAGCUGAUAGUUUCUGGUGCAUGAGUAAACUGCUGGACGGGAUCCAGGACAACUACACCUUUGCUCAACCUGGGAUCCAGAACAAAGUCAAAGCCCUGGAGGAGCUGGUCAGCAGGAUCGAUGAGGACAUUCACAAUCAUUUCAAGAAGUACGAGGUGGAAUACUUGCAGUUUGCUUUCCGCUGGAUGAACAACCUGCUCAUGAGGGAGUUGCCUCUACGUUGCACUAUCCGUCUCUGGGACACAUACCAGUCUGAAGCCGAAGGUUUCUCCCACUUCCACCUGUACGUCUGUGCUGCUUUCCUCAUCGAGUGGCGCAAAGAGAUUCUCUCUAUGAUUGACUUUCAGGGCCUCCUCAUGCUGCUGCAGAAUGUUCCGACAAUCCACUGGGGGAAUGAGGAAGUUGGUCUCCUGCUGGCGGAGGCUUAUAGACUCAAGUACACGUUUGCUGAUGCUCCCAGUCACUACAAGAGAUAGGGCCCCCUGGGGCCUCGGCGUCAAAGCAAACACUGAGCAAACUUUGAGUUUUUCCAGAAUCAAACCAGACUGACUGGAUUGACACAUACCAUCUGAGAUUACUCCACAGACUUUGGGCGUGGUCUCGCAGGUCACCUACAAUAGACUGGUGGUGCGUUCAAGCGCAGCCUCGGGAGAGACCUACAUAGUGUUUAUCUCAGAGCCCCUGAACCUCUCCUGUGAUGAUGAAGUCCUCUGAACGCCACACACUGGAUCUGGGUGAAUGAAGUUAGUCGCAGUCGGCGUGCUGCGUUGCCUCUGUGAACUGGUACAGUAUGAUUAACCAUAACUAGGCCAUUUUUUUUGGGGGGGGG